GUGGUGCGGGGAGGAGCAGGGAUCUUGGCAGCGGGCGAGGAGGCUGCGAGCCAGCCGCGAACCGAGCGGGCGGCGGGCGCGCGCACCAUGGGGGAGAAACCCGGCACCAGGGUCUUCAAGAAGUCAAGUCCUAACUGCAAGCUGACCGUGUACUUGGGCAAGCGGGACUUCGUAGAUCACCUGGACAAAGUGGACCCUGUAGAUGGCGUGGUGCUUGUGGACCCUGACUACCUGAAGGACCGCAAAGUGUUUGUGACCCUCACUUGCGCCUUCCGCUAUGGCCGCGAAGACUUGGAUGUCCUGGGCUUGUCCUUCCGCAAAGACCUGUUCAUCGCCACCUACCAGGCCUUCCCCCCAGUGCCCAACCCGCCCCGGCCCCCCACCCGCCUGCAGGACCGGCUGCUGAGGAAGCUGGGCCAGCAUGCCCACCCCUUCUUCUUCACAAUACCCCAGAAUCUGCCAUGCUCCGUCACACUGCAGCCAGGACCAGAGGAUACGGGGAAGGCCUGCGGCGUAGACUUUGAGAUUCGAGCCUUCUGUGCUAAAUCACUAGAAGAGAAAAGCCACAAAAGGAACUCUGUGCGGCUGGUGAUCCGAAAGGUGCAGUUUGCCCCGGAGAAACCCGGCCCCCAGCCUUCAGCUGAAACCACACGCCACUUCCUCAUGUCUGACCGGUCCCUGCACCUCGAGGCUUCCCUGGACAAGGAGCUGUACUACCAUGGGGAGCCCCUCAGUGUAAAUGUCCACGUCACCAACAACUCCACCAAGACCGUCAAGAAGAUCAAAGUCUCUGUGAGACAGUACGCCGACAUCUGCCUCUUCAGCACCGCCCAGUACAAGUGUCCUGUGGCUCAGCUCGAACAAGAUGACCAGGUAUCUCCCAGCUCCACGUUCUGUAAGGUGUACACCAUAACCCCGCUGCUCAGCGACAACCGGGAGAAGCGGGGUCUUGCCCUGGAUGGGAAGCUCAAGCACGAGGACACCAACCUGGCUUCCAGCACCAUCGUGAAGGAGGGUGCCAACAAGGAGGUGCUGGGAAUCCUGGUGUCCUACAGGGUCAAGGUGAAGCUGGUAGUGUCUCGAGGCGGGGAUGUCUCUGUGGAGCUGCCUUUUGUUCUCAUGCAUCCCAAGCCCCACGACCACAUCCCCCUCCCUAGACCCCAGACAGCCGCUCCAGAAACAGACGUCCCUGUGGACACCAACCUCAUCGAAUUUGAUACCAACUAUGCCACAGAUGAUGACAUUGUAUUUGAGGACUUUGCCCGGCUUCGGCUGAAGGGGAUGAAGGAUGACGACUAUGAUGACCAGCUCUGCUAGGAAGGGGGGCUGGAGGAAGGGAGUGGAUGGUGCUGGAAGAGGUAGGGGCAGGACCAAGACCCCACUGUCACUGGGGGGUUGUCCCAGCCUCUUUUCCCUUCCCCUCCACCUGGCAGCUUCUUCAACCAACCCCUUCACUCUCUCUCUCCCAUCCCCCCAAGAUAUGCACUGGACCCAUCUCUUGCUGAAUGUGGGCAUUAAUUUUUUGACUGCAGUUCUGCUUCUCCAGCCCCGCAGUGGGUGGCAAGCUGUGUAUACCUAAUUUUUCUGGAAGGGUACAGUGAAAAGAAGAGUGAUAGGAGGGAAAGGGGGAGACAAAACUCCCACAUUCAAGCUCACACCAAAACCUCCCAUGCUCACUCUCUCUGCCUCCAUUCCUUCAAGAGGAGACCCUUCAGGACAAGGCCGUUUCUUUGUUUCUGUGCAUAAAGAAGAAAAUAAAUCUUUUACUAGGCAUGA